AUGGCACUCCCAAUAAUUAUGUGGCUUGAUGAGCUUCAGUGGAACACUGAGAUGGUUGGCAGAUGUGAGUAUUGUAGCAAUGAAGAGCUGCAGCCAGUUCUCCAGUACUACCAAGGCUCAUCAAUAGAUUCUGGGCUUGUGGCAGAUGCUGAUGGCUUCCACCUGAACAACAAGAACCUCACUAUAUUCAGUGGUGCACUACACUAUUUCCGAGUGCAUCCUUCUUACUGGGAAGACAGAAUAGCCAAAAUUAGUGCUAUGGGACUGGUUGCUGUUGAAACAUAUGUACCCUGGAACUUACAUGAGCCUGAAGAAGGUGUUUACGACUUUGGAGAUGGAGACAGAGAAUUCUCUCCAUUUUUGGAUCUGGAUUUAUUUAUUCAAAAGGUUUAUGAAGCUAAUCUUCUUUUGCUGAUACGGCCUGGACCAUACAUUUGUGCAGAAUGGGAAUUUGGUGGAUUGCCAAGUUGGCUCCUGAGAAUACCUGAUAUCAAAGUCCGAACAUCUGAUGAGAAAUAUACUUCAAAAGUAAAAGCAUACUUUGAUAAACUCCUACCAAUUAUUGCAAAGUGGCAAUUCAUAAAAGGUGGACCCAUCAUUGCAGUCCAGUUGGAAAAUGAAUAUGGAGGAACAGGUGCCAAUGAUAAAGAAUAUCUAGAAUUUUUACGUGACCUGUACAUCAGUCAUGGGAUUGAUGGAUUAUUCUUCACAUCUGAUACCCCAGGUCGUAGUGGUGACCGUGGUGCCUUGGAUGGAGUGUUACAGACAGCAAACUUCAAGUUCUUCCCAGAGGUUCAGCUUAAUGUGCUGAGAGAAUUACAGCCAGAUAAACCAGCAAUGGUCAUGGAAUACUGGGCAGGAUGGUAUGACCACUGGAUGAACGGCAGACAUGCAAGUACUUCAGCAGCACGUUUCCGAAACAUAUUGGAAAGAAUCAUAACAUAUCCUGCCUCCUUCAACCUCUACAUGUUCCAUGGAGGGACAAGCUUUGGAUUCAUGAGUGGAGCAAAUGCUGCAUCAUCAUUCCCAACCUAUAAACCACAAGUUACAAGCUAUGAUUAUGAUGCACCACUGACAGAGGCAGGUGACUACACAGACAAGUACACAGCAGUGCAAGAGCUUUUGGAUCAAUAUGCUCCCAAGAAAUUCCUCAAAGCAGAUGCUCCAAAAGAGACUACUAAAGUGGCCUAUCCUGAUGUCCCUCUUCUUGGACAGCUGAAUUUGGAUGAUUUAGUUGCACAAGUGGUAACCUUAGCUACAUUCUCUUUUGUUACAGCCUUAGCUGAAAGAGAUAAUUUUGGAUUUACUAUUUGGUUAAGGAUUUUCUUGUAUGCUGAUAAUCUCACUCUGGUAACCAAAAUCACAAACACUGAUCCAAAAGAAAUUGAAUUGAAAUCACCCUACAAAAAUACUACAGAACAAACCAGCUUAAACCAAACCUAUCAAAGACCACAAGUUAAAGAUAGAAUGUUCGUGGGUGAAACUGGAACACUGCUACAUCUGGACAUUAGAGAUGACACUCGAAUUUGUGUAUUGCAGUUUAAUACAUUGUUCCUGUCCUUAUCAUUUUUACUUCUGCUGCCUGGCUGUUGGCUGCUACCAAAAUGUGUUCAUGCCACUAUAAAAAAACUCAAUGUUACAUCAAGAAAAGCCUUAAAUUCUUCUAAUGAAAUGCCCCUCCACAAGUGCCACAUUGAGUGUUUUGAAAAGGAAGAUCACUGCCACCAUCAUGAUAAACUUUCCAGGUAUUUGCUACAGGCUGUGUCUUCAUCAUUUUCCACUCAACCAGUAGAUUCUAAUCCACUAGAACUUACAUUACUGCACACAGUGGAUGUUUCUUCCCAGUCAUUUUUGGCACUAAAUUCUUCUUCAUCCUCAAUGUCUUCAAGAAGCCACCUGGCAAUGUCAUCAACACCUACAAGUUUCCUGCCAGCAAGCAUCAUACUAGAAAUGUGCAAAUGCAACAUGGAUGCUGGAGAUUGUGUUAAUGCAACUGAUAUUCUGACAAUGGAAUUUCUUGACAUCAACAAUGGCAAUGGGCAAAGUUAUGGUUUUGUGCUGUACCGAAAGAAUGCUGCAACAAUUGGAGAAAACUCAGUAUUACAAAUUAUUGGUCAUGUCCGAGAUCUAGCAGUAGUUCUCAUUGAUGGAGAAAACAUAACUGAACCACUAACUUCAAAGGAACAGUUGAAAAACUUUGGUUUUUGGGAACAAAGUAAUGCCAGCACAACAUUGAGUGCAGAAGCCAGUGUUCCACACACACUAGACAUACUAGUUGAGAACUGGGGACGUGUUAACUAUGGAAGACUUGACAGUGGUGUUUUUGAUCAGAGGAAAGGAAUUGUGUCAGGACCUGUACUGAUUGAUGGGACAGCUAUCUCAGACUGGCAAAUCUUUGCUCUUCAGUUCAAGAAGAAAUGGCUUCAAAGCUUGACUGGGUGGCAGCCAGUUGAUGAUUCAGUUCGUGGUCCUGUAUUGGUUCGAGCCAUCUUUGAUGUGGAUUCUGCACCAAAUGACACUUUCAUUGAUAUGAGUGACUGGGGGAAAGGAUCAGUCUUCCUUAAUGGCUUCCCUCUUGGUCGCUAUUUCAAUCUUGGCCCUCAAAGAACACUAUAUGUGCCUGCACCAUUGCUUGUACAGGGAUCCAAUGAGGUACUCAUAUUCGAGCUCUACACACCUUCCACAAAAGUUGUCUUCAGUGACUCACCAAUUCUAGGAUAAAAUACAG